AUAGCUCGAGGCUGUCGCGAAACCUCUUCUUGAGUGCCGAUCACUCGUCGAUUGUAGUCAUGCAAGCCAUGGCAACAAUCACGGAAACGCAGAGCGCCAGCUACCGAACGCUCCGGCUGGUCCCUAGGUGGCCUGACGCAGAGAGCUGUUGUGGAGUCUUACUCUGUGUAUUCGACAACAAAGACAAUUGCUGGGAAGCUACGAGUGGAGUCCGAAGCGUCUAUAAUAACUCCCUCAGAAGUGCUAUCGAUGAAAUCCUGGACGACAACGAAGACCACUUAGGCCAAGAUGCUAGGUACCGGCCAUUCUUCUGCCACAGUAUAUAUAUGGUGGGCCGCAAGAAAAAGCGAUCCAAUCCAGUUAUAUUUUUCUGCUGUGAGGAUGCACCGUUGAGAGUCAAGGCACGCGACGUUAUCAAGGCCAAUUCAGUGACGAGAAGUUACCCAGCUAUUCGGUUGGGACAUACUUCCUUUCCACCUGAGCUCAACGCUCCACCUCGUUUCGUGACGGGCAGGUUAUCGCAUCCACGCUUAGGCAGUGCUGGACUUAGUAUUUCACCUGAUAUUCUGGAUGCCAUCCCUAGUCCACCGAAGAUUUCACCUGAUACUCUGGAUGCCAUUCCUAGUCCAUUGAAGAACCUGGGGGGAAUUAUGAGUUUGAGACGUAUAGACAAAACGAAAGUCUCGCUUCGCCAAAGCAACAUUCUGUUAGAUCUACCGUCUCUUCCUCGAAUUACAGAACAUAGGAUAGUAGAAGAAGGAAGUGGUUCUGGCCGGCAGGUCUUCUACAAACCUGGAAAACAGAACUUAUGUGCGGUUAAAGUCUAUGUGGAUGAUGUUAUACAGUAUGAGAGAGAUAUUACUGCGACAGUUGGUGGUGCCAUUCUGCUAAAUGGGAAAAUCUACGGUUUGACUGCUGCUCACGGACUGCUGGAGGGCUUUCAACGCUCAGAGGCUCAGAGAAACAUGGUCCGGUCCGUUGAGUACGAUGGGGAUAGCGCUAGCAGUUUCGAGCAUUGUGAGUGUUUCCCGGUCGUCACGAAUGUAAUGCCUCUAUGUAUACAUUUCAAGGAGGCUGACAAUAAUCAACGAGCCAAGACUCCUCGGAUGAGGACGAACUGA